AUGGCACCGAAAACACAGAAGGCCCUCGAGGUACAUGCUCUGAAGCAGCCUCUCGUGCUGGUCAAUGAUCGUACAGUCCUCGAGCCUGGAUCGGGUCAAGUUCGCAUCCAGGUCACCGUCGCUGGUAUCAAUCCGCACGACAACAAGUCGCGUGACAUCGGCUUGUUCAUCGGAGACAAGCUCCCAGCUGUCCUCACCAAUGAUGUUGUCGGGCGCGUUGAAAAGCUUGGGCCAGAUGUCAGCAAGUUCAACGUAGGCGAUCGCGUCGUGAGCCAAGCAGAUUGGACCGAAGGCAGCCCCAGCAACGGUCUGCAGGAGUACGCCGUCCUCGAAGCCCAAUUCGUCUCCAAGAUUCCCGACAAGAUCUCAGACGACGGAGCCGCGACCCUGCCUACCAACGCGCUCCCUGCUUUGGUCGCAUUCUAUGGACCCAAAGGCUUCCAGCUUCCUGCGCCAUGGACCAACCCAGAUCUGAAGAACGAAUCCAUUUUCAUCAUUGGAGGCGGCAGCAACUGUGGCCGCUUUGCCGUACAGCUUGCGGCUCUGGGCGGUCUCGGUACCAUCGUUGUCUUGGGCGGCGACGAGACCGAGCUGAAGUCUUAUGGUGCGACCGAGGUGCUCGACCGCACUGGGUCGCCUGAAGAAGUCGCUGCCCGGAUAUACAAAGUCUUCCCCAACGGCGUCAAGUACGUCUUCGACGCGAUCAAUCCGCCAGCAACACAGUACGUCGGCAUUAACGCUCUGACCGAGUCGGGCGGCAAGUAUGCACGACUUCUGCCAUUAGGACCGCCCAGCCCAGAGCACAUCAAGCGUACAGAUUACGAGCUGGUCAAUGUCUUUGGCAGCUCACAUGCCGUACCAGAUGUGAGCCGGGAGUUCUGGGCACGUCUGCCCGAGUAUCUCGAAAGUGGAAAGACUCGUCCGACGGAGUAUACCACGAUUGAAGGAUUGGAUGUGGAUGCAGUGAACAAAGUUUUGGACGAUUACAGGGCGGGCAACAAGGUGACCAAGACACAUGUUCACAUUUCGUGA